AUGGAGUACUUGCUGGAAAGAGAGCUUUUAGUACUACGAGUGACAAUGGAAGAACCAAGACAGCCACGCAUUCUGUUCGCUGAAUUCCAAUCAGCAUGCUCGGAUCUGAAAUUCAUUGAAUGUUCCGUAUGUGUCAAUCUUGACGUUGGAAUUGCCAUUCUCGACCUUGUAGAGGGUAUGGAUUUCUCCAUAAGAUAUCUUUAA